GGACGCAGACUGCAGUCGCAUCUGUGCGUUGCAUCGCUGAUGAUCAGCUGAUGACUGUCACGCAUAUUGGAAAUAUGGCGAAAUUGAAACACGCGAUCUGGAGUGUUUCUUCUAAUUUCGUUGCAAAUCGAUAUUUCUCGCGUUUAUUGACUUCUCAAUGGUACAAUGCAUCUACAGCCUCGAUAUUAAAUAAAACGUCGGAGGAAACAACAACCAAGACGGAAAAUGACAUAAUUAUUACAGAUAAUUGCGUCAAACGUUUAAAAGAGAUUACAAACAACAGUGCUUAUUUAAGAGUCACGGUGGAAGGUGGAGGCUGCUCUGGUUUUCAAUAUAAAUUUGACUUGGACACAAAUGUCAAUGAAGAUGACAAAGUAUUUCAAAAGGAUGGGGCUAAAGUGGUCAUAGAUUCAACGUCUUUAGAAUAUAUUAAAGGAGCAACAAUAGAAUAUCACACAGAGUUAAUACGUUCUGCUUUUAGAAUAACUAACAAUCCUUUAGCUGAACAAGGUUGCAGUUGUGGGGCUAGCUUUUCUAUUAAACUGUAGUAGUGACAUGUAGCAGAUCUUAACGUAAAGCGAAUUUACUUGAACCUUGGCA